UGUUCUGUUGCACGCCCCUAUCCCAUUUUUUAAUCAUCCAAUUUUUUUUAUGAAUGAAGCUGAUGGAGGAGAUGAACAUGAAGAAUUCAAUCAGUCACUGUUCUUCUUCUUCUUGUAUUCGAUGUUGAUUUGUAAUAAAUUGUAGUUUUGUUUAGAGCAGAUUCGUUGAUGAUCUUCAGAUUUUAACUUUGGAUGACCCCACGAUGUGGGGAAAGGGGACUCACUCUGACCAUUUUUGACUUCUCAAAGAAGUGCAACAAAUUCUAUUUUUGGAAAAUAUCAAUUUCAAUUAGCAAGAGACUCAAGCUCUCAUGUAUGCAGUGCAGUUUUGUGUUUCUUGUGAAGAUUUUUUCUUUGUUUUUUUAGUCUAAUUUAUUCGUUCUGAAGAGUAAGAGACAGUAACGUUUUUCUCGCGUUUGAUAGUCCUAGUUUUUUGUGCAAUCUUCAAUUUGAAUUCUCUUCCGCGUGCGUCAUGGUCAGUGAAACUGAAGGUAGAACGGGCGGGGAAGGCGAGGCGGAAGCCGAGUCUGAGGAAGGCUCCCCUGAGCCCCGAGGCGAAGAUGCGCCUGAGAGGGAGCCGACUCGAUUUGACAGUGUUAUGUCAGAACCUCCAGAACAAGAUGCUAGUCCGCCUGCGCAAGAAGAUGAGGCUGCUAAUACAAAUGAACAGGAACAAGGAGGUGCUAGUGGACGUGGAGGACAUGACCAUGGCCAUAGCGGAGAGCACCCCGACCAUCCACACCACCAUCAUAGAAGUCCCGCGCAUCCGAGAGGACAUUCCAUGUGGAACCACAUGAAACUCACUGAUGGCAACACCCGCUUCGGUCGAACCAUGAGCAAAGUCGGAAACACUCUACACGGUGGUGCUAUGACAUUGAAGGAUGGUGCUAAGAAAUUGCAUGGUGGUGCUGUGCAAUUGCAUGGUGGAGUCAAGGACGCUAUUUCAAGAGUGCGCAAAGUAGUCCCUAGAAGGUUCACCAAAGGCGGUGAUGCUGCAGGUUCAGAUGAUGCUCCCAAUGUUGGCACCUCUGGUGAAGAGGAUGAGAAAAAGCCAGGAUUGAAGCGUGGAGGCGGAAUGCAAAGUGCAGCCGACUUGACAUUUGGAACACAGGAUCCUCAAAGGCCCGCCAAGCCAGGUUGGUAUGCUUGGUGGUAUAGGAAUAUCUCGUUUGGGAGGUAUGCGCCGUUUGACGAAGAGAUCCAGAGGACGGAUAUCGAAUACUACGAUCCACCAUGGUACAUCAAAUACACGGACAAAUUCGCCCGUCGCAUGGACCGAGCUGGUGACACGACUCCCGGAGACUUACCGCCAACUUGGUGUGGUGCCAUCUGCUCGUUCGUCUUCGUCUUGUUGGCUACGUCGCUGUUGUACAACAGUGUGAACAAUCUCUUCUCCAUGCAGACCUCCCUCGUAGGAUGGGGAGCCAUCGCCCUCAGCGUGGAUUAUAUCUGUGAACCGCUGGCGAAUUAUGAUGGCACAGGCGUUAAUGAAGCGUACAAAGCGGCUAUCAUGCCGAAUGGGACAAUAGAUGACUGGAAUUUAGAGGGGUGUGCAUUUUUCCCAGAAUACUUCGCUGAAUUCCCAACUCCAGCGAAACCGCCAUACAUGGAUAUGCCGGUACAACCAAUUAGUUUUCUCCUCGGAGCAGUAGAAGCGAGUUACUAACUGAAGUAAAAGAGUUUUGACUACAUUCCUCUUCUUUCAGUAUCUCCCCUAUUUUAAGUAGUUACUCGCUUAUUUCAGUUUCUCGAAACAGUCGGAUUCCUUUUUUGAAAUUUUUGGUUUUGAUGAGAUCCAGGUACUACUAGGCUACAGGUGCUGGCCCUUCCAUCAACAUGUGAUGAUAUUAGGCCAAGCUUCACUUCCUCUUCCUUAUCUGACACCAUUCAAAAAAGCUAACAGGUCCUAAUUUUCGACUGGAAGCAGCGAUUGGAGUUCUAUGAAGAGGAUGGCCAUAGUUCCCUCGCAAAGAUCGAGUGGAGGGAAAAAAACGGUAUGCAUUUUGGCAUGACCAGUACACAAAAGGGCGUCCCAGUAGCCUUUGGUGCUCACGAAAAAGUGCCGAUAUUGCUUGGCUCCUAUCCCCAUGGCGCGUCUGAGAUCGAGUCCCCAAUGCCAAACAUGACGAGGUUUCUGCGCGAGAUGUCAGUGACGAGUUCAACUCACAACUUUGACGAGUCUCUGCGUUACGCGUACUCGGAUUUAGGCUUGAUGGGCGACGCAGAUGAGUUCUUUGACCACGACGCAGUUGCGUUUGUCAGAUUCGAUACGAAGCAAAUGCGGAACAUCAAGAGUUGUCAAGUACAAGUAGGUCUGGUCUCUCGGUACCAGUACGACGCACUAAGGCCGUUUUUGCUCAAAUUCAAUAGAGAAUACCAAAGGAAAAACAUGAUGGACACGAUGGUCACAGACAACUGGAGUUGGCAUCCAAGUUUGUACACCAACGUAGAGUCCGGAACGUGGCGUCGCAGAGGUAGUCAGGACAACCUCAUGAUCAUGCGGUCGGGGUGGACAGCGGCAGCUGCCAGACGGUUCAUGCAAACCGUCGCCUACGGGAAAUAUCAAGUGAACAUUGAGCGAAGAAUGAGGGAAUUCGGGAUCGAUACAGGCUAUAACGCGACCAGUGGCAUCUUUGACGUCAGCGGUUCUAGUCUGGCGGUCCCCUCGGUGAUGACGGAUUGGAUGCUGUUCGCAACUUUUGUGAACAAUUUUCAGUACUCAGCGGAGGCAGUGAUCUGUGACGGCAAAUCAGGGGACUUUUUUCACCAAGCGUUCGUAAAAGCGGAACCACCGGGGAAGUACGACAAGGUUUUGACCUUGAAAACGCCAGUGGUGGUUUGGACUACGCCGUUUCCGUUCUAUGUGACGGUAACAGGAGAUAUGGGCGUAGAAAGAAUGCUAGUGACCUCACGCGUCAGUUCUACCGAAGUGCGCGUGACCAGAGGCACAGCAAUCGGCGCUGCUCGGUUGAACUUCAAAACGCCUAGGCCAGAUGAGUACCCAGCUGUUGCGACUAGCGGUUUGUGGGUCUGUCCAGAUUCCCGCUAUAUGGACGGUGAAUACUGUGAUUGCAACUGCGGUAUGACCGAUCCAGAUUGCCUUUCCGGAACCCUGCCCGUCAAAUACUGCGCAGCCACUGAGAUUUGCUCAGCUCUAGGUCGAUGCACCAGGCCGAUCUACAAUAGUACAGGCAGCGAAGUCGUGAUCAGUGAACCUUGCGCGUCUAUGAGCAUGCCUGGGGAAGUGCUAUUGAACGGGUAUCUAGGCCAUCAAGAGGAUUUUGAGUCUCAAGGUGGUGCAGCGUGCUGGACGUGUCCGUAUGACGACUUGUAUAGUGGGAAAACGAGCAAAAACGAGAACAACGAGUACAUCUGCAACUAUCGUCCUGAGGGUGAUAUUCCGGCAAAAGUAGGCGCCCUGCCAUAUGACGACUUGACAGUGUCAACGUAUAGCUUCUUGAACACAAGCAUGACCAGAUCGGAAAUCCUAGGAGCCUACAGGAUAGUUAAGGUUCUUUUGGGUCCGAAAGCUGGUUUUCCAGUGCAGACAAUAGAUCAGGCCAAUUUCACCGUAGAGUUGAAUCUCGGACAGGGCACUAACGAAUUAGCAACUGCUAUCGUGUCCGAGGCCCCUGAUACGAAGACAAAAACGCAAAUUCUACACUUGAAGGCUACUGGUUCUGCCUUCCGCUAUCAGCAUUUUGCUUCAGGAACCAUGGUCUCGUCACUCAAUGGUGACUAUACAGACACGAUUUUGCAGCUGGAUGACGAUAAUCAGCCAUUUCCAGUAGCCGGCCCGUACAGGAUUUUGAUAGACAGUAGUGAAAUGCAGAUUCGAGCUGGCAGUAGUACAGUCACGACAACAACUACUGCGUCUGCGGCUGCAGCUAGUGGCUCAUCCAGAAGACGACUACUAUCCUCCGACGCCGGGUACAAGCUAGCAGCAAAACGUAGACGACUCGGGUAUGGGGAUAGUGCGCCAGACGAUUCAGGUUCAUCUUCUUGGGAUGGUGAUAUGAACUCCUAUCAAAAUGAAGUAAGCGAGGACUCCGGUUUUCACACUGAAGAAGGCCAUAGACGUUUUCUCCAAGCCAUGGGGACUAGCACAGGGAACGGGACUAGAACAACAUGUUCUAUGUUAGAUCCGAAACGACAACGCUUAGACAUUUCCGAGUAUCCUGCCGCUCUAGAGCCAGCAGGUGUGAAAAGCAUCCUUACUCGACCUUACACCGCCAACAAGCAUGCUGAUGCGAGUAUCUACAACUAUUUCGCGCCAAACAGUGAAGGAGUCGCGAAUGGAGCGUCCGCAGCCAGAAGUCUCUACUUCGACGACAGUAGCCUGCACAUGAUCCCGGGAGCCACCAACUGCUUCACGGAUUUGUAUGCGACCACAGCCUUCAAAACUAGUUGCAACGUCGAUCACAGACGGUAUAGCUUCUACGUCGUCAUGCAGACACCACCUGGGACCGAGAGUGGAACAUUGGCGUCAAAUAUCACUUGGACGGCAACGACAGGUGGUAAAGAUGCAGCAAAUAGUGACAUAGGUUUCAGCAAUGAUGGAGUCAAGGAAGCUCUGCGUGAAGCUAUAGGUGAUGCUUUUGGGUUGGCAUAUUCUGGGCAGAUCAAGCCUGACAUGCAAGCCUUGACAGACACGACCGGUGGAAGCGCGAUGGACAUUGCUGCGCCGAAUCCCGCGGCUCCUAGUGGCUAUACGGCAACCACAGGGACGCGUGAACUAGUGUUGCAGGUGACGUUUCGCACUAGACAGUGGUACGAGUUGAACAGAAAGAUGGACGAAGCGAUAGCAGCUGCGACUAAUCACGCAAACAUGAGCACUAGCGCGUCUGGUCCCUUUGCGACCUUGCUGAGUGCGUUCAACACGAAAGUCCAAACAGCGACGAAUCUCGUUGGCGUCUACGCCAGCACCAACUACGACAGUUCAGGUAGUGCGUCGAUCAACCCAAAAAACAACGCAAAUGAAGGAUUUAGGAUAAUCUCGUGUGGUAGUCUCUUUGACAACACGCAGGCAGUGGCGGCUGCGAGUCGUCUUCGGAGGCGGCUGCUGGAAGAUCAGUUUGGCGUUGAGGAUACCUCGUCAGUACGAUGGGAUCAGGACGUAGUGACUCCAGAUUCCAAGACAAUGACAUUGCGACAGUUGCAGGUAGUCACCACAUCAGUCCUCAAUGAUGACGGUACGUACAAAAUGACCACCGCAAAAGCCACGCAGUACGACUUUUCAGUAGACUACACUUUGCGGGUCACUACGGUCGAUCCAGCAGCUUCUGGAGGAGCUUACACUACUCCCGAAGCAUUAGCCGCUUCGGCGAACUUCAAAACUCAAGCUUUAGCUGCUUUAGUGUAUGCGAGUACGAACGUAAACCAGACUAGAACGCCUGCAGGACAUGCAAAUGCUGUGACAGAUGCUGACUUGACCUUUUCUGCAUACGGUCAACAGGAUCCGGCUCUGCCAACCGACACCACAGCAGCAAAGUUUCGUAUGCUCUUCUCCAUGAGCAUGAGCAACAAAGCAUUGUCUGUAGCCUUUCAUGCAUCCAGCUAUGCCACCGAAUUCCAGACCCUGUUCGCCUCACAACUGCAGACUGGUUUGUCCAGCAUUCUAGUGAACACGACUUCGAUGGCUUUGAGCUACGAUGGCGCUUUAGUGAUUGUGCCCUACAUGGAAAGUGCGCCGCCAAAGACGGACUUCAACGCUCUCAGUGGGUUUACAGCUGUGAAGAAGGACAAGCCUUGGUGCGAUUAUAGCAAGGAGUCUGGGGCUCCCGGAAUAGAUUCCGAUGGUUCAGUCUACACCAGUGGGCGUGCAUCAAUCUUCUGUGACGGUCUUCACGAUGGUUUGCUAGUGGUGAACUACGCGGGUUUCUCGGAUCCGUCUUUGAUCCCGAAAGUCGAGGAUGAGAUGAAAAUCAUGGUCCGAGGAGGAUCCGCUGACGCGGCAAACCCGCCAACAAUGGAAGUCCGGACGAUGAGAAGGGCCUAUCAAUGGCUGUUUCCAACCGUCGAUGCCAGGAGUGGAACCUUGAACUUGGUCGACCAAGUGACCCCUUGGCGGUGCGACGCCAAGCAGUGGGCGGAUGGUAUUUGCGACUGCAACUGCGGUCGAGCCGAUUGGGACUGCAUGGGGGACCGUGGCGUGCCUGAGCUUUUCGUAAAAACCUACUUGGAUGACGUCACCUCCACAGUGACAGUGAACAUCAACUGUCCUGAUGGCGAUGAGGCACUGGUCAACGUGCCCGAAUUGGACGUUUCCGCAGGAGGCACGCCAGGCCAAAUGCCGCCAACCUGUGGAGAGAUCAAAGCCGCGCCACAGACCUACGCUUACUGCGAAUUCAAGACUGGUUUGCCCACUAGUGAAAGAACUCGCGCUUUCUCCUAUGGAACCGAGUUCAAUGGCACUUUGAAGGCUGCACCAAACUACAUGAGGUAUCUGUGGGAAGUGAUCGAACUCGAUUGCCCACUAAUCCAAGACCGCGACAUCGGCACGACCGUUGAGACUCUAGGUGUCUCACUAACGUCGACGGAAGCGUUUCACGUUCGCGCGAAGAGCCAAGCUGGAGAGUACGUGGACAAGAGUCUACUAGAAACGAAUUUUGAGUUAGAUCCAAAUGAAGCAGUGGAGGGUGUCAGCCCAGCUUGCCUAGCGCAAGAUCCGCCACCGUUUUGCACUGGUGGCGCCGUCUCCUUGAAGAGCGGCGAGGAAAUCCAAACUUUGCCGAUAGUCAGAGUGCGGCUUAUUCUCGACAUCGAUCCUCUGACCGGCGCGGGAACAACCCUUGUUGGCUCUGAUCUUUUAGCGAAUGCAGAAUUGACUGAGGGCUUUCAACUAGCGGUAGCAGCAACGUAUCAGGUGAAACGAUAUGAAGUUCGGGUUCGUAGCUUCGCUUUAGCUUCAAGAAGGAUGUUGCAGGCGAAGUGGAGAAAGUUGAUGGAAAAGAAGGAUAAAGAACCUGGGCUGGGAGACGAACAAGCGCAGUCGGAUGAAGUUGUGUUUUCAGAGAUAGACCGCAUCCAGCGAAUACGCAAUGAACAGCUCCUAGCUCAGAGCAGAUUAAACGACCAGGAAGGGAGCUUCAGAACUAGUCAAGCUGCCGCGGUGAGUUCGGGUUCGCCUAUGGCACCAGCGGCUAGGAAGCUCUCAGCCACUCCAGCACAGAAGCUUUUAGUCGAAUUUGACGUCGCUCAAAGCACACGGGACUUGGCUCUAGCGCUUUAUUCAGUUGUUCAAACGAAAACGGGGGAGCAGAUCAAGGCCAGACUCACUGAGCAGCUGCAAGAAGUUUCGAGUAUAUCGAUAACUUUGCGAUCUGUGGCACCUGCUGGCGCCUUAACCAAGAUGCCUGACCUGAAGGCACUUGAAAAGGCCGUUAGAGAGAUGGUCCGCGGUGAAAAAGGGGGCAAGCCAUUGCCGAGUAACCAAACCAUGACGUCGCGAGAAAAACUAGACUUGCAAACGCUAAUGAGCGAUAUUCACGGUUUUGAUAUGGGCAUUUUCGAUCCUGAGUUGGCUACAAACUCAACUGGAGCAAGUUCCACGUAUGCAGGUCAAGGCUCGUCCUUUGCAACCUGUUUCGACGAGUGUUGUUUCAAGAACACAGUGGCUGAGAUGGCGACGUGUGCGGACACGACUUGGCAAAUGACAGGCACAGCGUGCUGUCCUGAUGGACUGGAACGACACACAUUCACGAAUGCAACGCAUUACGCAAUGCUGUUUCAAUAUGCAACGCCUUUCGACGAUCCAUUCUAUUUGGAACCGGCAAAGUGCUGCGUUGGGCUUACUGCACAAUCGGAAACCUUGGAGGCGAGGAAUACGUGCUGUAAGGCCGAAGUAGGGUUUGCACCGUGUUGCAAGAGUGAUGUAGCGAGUAGAAAAAGCAGGAAGCUUGCUGCAGCUGAUAGUCCUAGUGGUAGUGCAGAGGGAGAUCAAGACAGAUCAGAAGUGCAAGUAGAAGGUGAAUUCGUGCCAAGUCGAGAAGAGCUCGAUGAAACUCGAAGAUACCUCAAGAAGCUCGAAGCAGAAAGCAAAGGCUUAGAUUUCUCACAUGCAGCUUUGGCUCAUUCUGACGAUCAUGAAGAACAGAGAAGAAAAUCUGCAGAGUUGCCGACCUACGUUUCCUCUUCUCGCAGAAGUGACACUUCUACUCGGCGUCUCGACGUAGGCGAUACCGCUGGAGAGGGUGAUACUUCUCAGGAGGAAGAACAAAGCUCAGGAACAUCUUCGCCACGUCGAAAACUUCGCAGCGUGGAAGAUAUCUUCGAGGCCCUAGUCGGAAAAUACCCCUGGAUGCAUCCGGAGACUGCACAGGUUGGUCGUGCGCAGAAGGGCAGAGCCAGAGUGCCUGAUGCCUUGACUAUGGCUGAGAGGCUAAUGCAGGAUGUCUUUAAUGAUCCAGACUGGCACAUGCUGAUGAAAUCGAACGGCGUAACCCACGACAACAUUAGACGAUUAGCUCAGUCUGUGCCAGAUUACACGCGACCGUUGACAAAGAAGGAAUACGCUCAGCGUGUAGCUUUGGCUGGGAAGGGUAACGAACAUAGACGACGGUUGAAAGCAGCGGUGCAGGCUGGAGAAUUGAGUCUGAAAAUUGCUCAAGGAGAGGGUGGUCGUACAAGAUACAACGACGAGGGUUUUGAGAACCUGGAUAUCGAGGCUAGAAACUCCAGAGCACUCCAGACACAGCAAAGUAUAGGUCAAAAAGCUAACGUCGACGUCUUCGCAGAAGGCGGUACGAGAAGUACCAUUAGCAGCACAACCCUGGACGGUGACGGUAGUGUCAAUGCAGCCGCUGUGCCGAUGACGCCACAAAAGUCACGUGGCUGGAGCAAGUCUAAAGUCUCGUCUGGAUUGCAAACAGAUUGGGCUGCCAUCGAGCAAGAGUGGCUAAACCGGCAUUACUCACAUAUGAUGCAGGACCCGCAUGCGGCGCCAGAAAACGAUGACAAAAACACUCUUAGUCCUGGAAGAAAUCGUCAGUUGGGACGAUCUAGCAUGGCUUCUUCCGAUACGGCGUCUUCCUCCAUAACUAGUGUUGAGCAGAAAUACAAUAUUGGAAACUACGCAGUGCCAGCACAACCAGUAGCAGAGUCCUUAGAGGACCGCCGCGACGACCUAGACCACGAGCAAGAAGCUUCUCGAGUCUAUGCAACCUCAAAAGACGUUCUCGACUAUAGGAAAACAGAGGAGCAGCUGCGCUUAAUGGCUGACAUCGUCGAUGGGCUCUUGCGUCGCCUUGGGAAAGACAAAGUUCAAAGAAUGCUAGGACAAUAUGUCGAUGAUGAAGAUCCAUUCUUCAACCUUGCUGGUCCCGGUGGUGCUGUGGACGAAUAUAUCAACAAGUUCUACGACGACGGCAGUGGGGUGGGGAGCUCGCCCUCAAGCGAGGCAUAUACAAGAUACCUUUCCGCGGCGUCAAAUGCCACAUCAAACACAACUGCGAACACAAGUAACUACACAGGAGGUCCUAAUAUGACGUUUAUCUGUUCACAGGACUGGUCAGACGAAAGCUUGUGGCCGCCGAAUGCCAAGAUUGCGGAUAUUCCCCAAUGCGCUCACGGCAUGUUGACACAGGCGCAACUGGAACAACUGGGUUUCUUUGAUCAGGUGUUUCAAACUGUGGUCGCAACAGACAUCGAUGAGGCGAUUUCUCAGUUCGCGGCAAGUGUGGCGCAAUUGAUUCCGGCCAAAAGAGUCGUUUCUUUCGUGAUCCAGACCAUCAGCAUGUUGAACUUGUUUAGGGAUGCGAGUCAGCAGUAUCUACCGAAGAACCGGCACCUGCCCACACCAUCCGAAAACUUCAAAACGCCUGCCUCCUUAGAUGCUCAUAUAGCCAUGUUUGUGAUGCCGAAGAGGGUCAAGAUCGCUGAUUUGUGUCCGAACAACAGGGUGGAGGGGGAAAGAAUAACGAAUUUCUUCGGCACUGGUGUCGAUAGCACAAACCAGUUUUGGAGGAAAAUGACUUUUCAUCCCGAUGACAAUCUGAAAGUGACCAAUUGCACAGUUGCACCCUUUCGAGCGACCCAUUGCCUGAGCUUGGAGGAAAUGCAGACAGACUCCGUCGACAAAUACCGAUUGUUUUGCAUGAAAGAUUUCCUCCCUGCCAACACGAUGUCGUACAAGAUCGAGGGAGCUCUGACCGGUCACUGGCUCGUAGCAGAAGCCCGCGAGAACACGGAAUAUGACGCGAAUAGGCCAGAAUACAUUCUCGAUAUGGAACAGGUGUUCCAUAUGACCAUUGAUUCCAAGUUUUUAGAAGUGGAAAAAGACUACAUGGGCGGCCAGCAGGACUAUUCCGGCGGUUCCCCCAGACUCUGGGCAGCAGAAGCCAUGGCUCGUGGCCGUGCGGUCUGCACUGACGUCGUCAAAGGCUGUGCAGAGGGCAUUCCAGCGAAUCCGCCGAUGCUUCUUCCUUCGAUUACGAUUCGUGUGAACCAUAAAAGGACUGAAGCGGUUGUAGAGAAAGUGAAACCGAAGCACUGGCCUUUAGUGGGGAGUUCUCAAUGGGAUCUCCUGAUCGAGGAAAUCGAUAACCUGGAUUUGGAUAUAUCGAGUGGUCUGCGUCAAUUGUCCGCAGCUGAGGAUGGCUACAUAGCUAUCAAGCCGAUGACAAUCGUACUAAUCUCAGCAAGAAGCUUGUUCUUAGUAGUUUCCGCGUUUUUUAUUUGUGCUUCUCAAUCUCAGCAAGCUUCUUAGCAGUUUCUGCGUUUAUUUGUGCUUCUCAAUCUCAGCAAGCUUCUUAGUAGUUUCUGCGUUUAUUUGUGCUUCUCAAUCUCAGCAAGCUUCUUAGUAGUUUCUGCGUUUAUUUGUGCUUCUCAAUCUCAGCAAGCUUCUUAGUAGUUUCUGCGUUUAUUUGUGCUUCUCAAUCUCAGCAAGCUUCUUAGUAGUUUCUGCGUUUAUUUGUGCUUCUCUACUUUGCUAGUGCUUGCUAAAAAUCAUGGUUCCAUUCUUCACGUCUUUUUCGUGUUAUCAUUAUGCUUCAACAACAUGCUUUCUGUUUCUUGAAUUCUUUUCUCGUCGACUACGCCCCCUUGCAAAAUACGCAGGUAGGUUUUGAUAUAUCGGAACUCGCCCGCGAUACAAAAAAAAAAAAAAAGCUCAUGAAUUGAAUUCUUUCCACAUGAUGUUUUCCAAUCUUGCCUACAUCAACAGGUAAUCAUGCGAGUCGUGUGGCAAGUGAACCCCAUCUACUUCGUGAAUAAGUGGACAGGAGGCAUUAGUUUGACUCGAUGGGCAACGAGCAUAAAGAAUCUGGACAUAGGGUUCCAACAAGCCGAUUACACGAUGAAAAGCAGAGCUAGUAUUCGUCUCAUCUUUGAAAUCGAUGGGGCGAGUAUCAGGUACUUCAUUCUUCUACAUGAUGAUCAACGAACAACAUCCGAAAAGUUGACUACUUACUAGCUAAACAUGUGAGGAUUUGAUUUUGUUGAUCCAACGACCUACCUCAAAAAAAAAUUCACUCGUCAGGUUCCAAGAAGUCCCGAAAAUGUCCUUUGCUGAUUUCCUGGCUCUCCUCGGUGCCUUCGCUGGUUACACUGGUCUAGUCGGUUCUGUCCUAGGUCUAUGGCAAAAGGCGGUCAGACCCUUCGGUCUCGUCGACUUCUAUUACGCGGAUAACGAGUACGCAAAUGUCGUGGACCGAUGGUAUGCUGGCAAGAUGCAGAGCUUUGGCUUUGAGGUACCUGAGAAAUCCGAAGACGGCGACAAAGACGAGAAGGAAGAACUCGAAGAUGAUAAGGAGCCGGAGAUCGUCAUGCCGAAGUCUGAAGUCACCAUGGCGAACGUUGGAGCGGUUGUUUCAGCUAGUCAGAUGCAGAAGUUGGCUGAAGAGAAGCUGAAAGCAGCCUUGAAGCAAGACGAUGAGGCAGAAAGGGAGCGCAAGCAGCGUGAGAGGGAAAGGAGAAAACGUGAGGCUCUGGCCAAGGAUCCUAGGACUAAGGACAUGCUGGAGCGUAGUGGUAUCAAGACUCUAGAGCCAGGCAUGAGUCUAGAGGAAGCAAUGAAUUUGAAAGAUGGUGAGGGACGUGGCAGACAAAGAAAGCCGAGAGGCGAGGGCGAACAAGUUGAGCCAGAACCGGGCACGCCUAGUGGUAGCAGUAAGGGCUCUGGCCGUGGCAACGGCUCUUCGAAUGGCCGUGCCGCACCAGGACGACCGAACCGACCUGGUGGUGCAAAGAAGGCACAGCGCGAAGGCAUCGAUUUGUCGAAGACAUUGAAUGAAGUCGAGGCUGCAGCUGCUGAAGAAGCAAGAUUGGCGGAGGAAAAGCGCCAAAAGGAACGUGAAGAAGCCGAGAGGGCCAAGCAGGGUCUCUUUGGGUCUCUGUUCGGUGGCUUUGGUGGAAGUGGACCCGAUGAGGCACCAGAACCACCAGUUACAGGUUCCCGAUUCGCCAGAGCAGAGGCUGGAAACCCCAAUGCUAACAAUCGCAGCAGAAGCGAAACUAGGGGUGGAACACUACAGUCACAAACGACUGGGCUCGAAGAUCCACCCUCCACACCAGGAGGCUCGAAUAUUGAUGAGUCCUCUCCGCCAGCUCAGCCUGUGCUAG